AAGAAGAAGAAGACCUUUCUCGUCGCUCGUCAAUUACGUUGCACCCAUAGUUGAGUUCUGAUGACGCUUAACACCAUUGCAUUCCAGGGCCCGUGCUACUACUAGGUGACUGUAUCCAUUAUUUCAGUGUGAAUUGGAAACUUGCAGUAACAGUCAUGAACUGGAACAAGGGCGGCCCUGGGGCUAAGAGGGGAUUUGGUUUCGGCGGUUUCAGCCUGGCAACAGGCAAAAAAGAGGAGCCCCGCUUGCCACAGCCAGCACACUCUUCAUUUGGAGCAACUGCAUCAGGAUAUGGCAAAAACCAGCAACUUCCCUCUUUCUACAAGAUUGGCACAAAAAGGGCUAAUUUCGAUGAAGAGAAUGCGUAUUUUGAAGAUGAUGAAGAAGAGUCCAGCAACGUGGACCUGCCUUACAUCCCUGCAGAGAACUCUCCAACACGACAGCAGUUCCAGUCCCAUGGCUCAGACAGUGAGGAAGACCCAUUAGAUGCCUUCAUGGCUGAGGUGGAGGACCAAGCUACAAAAGACUUAAGGAAACUAGAAGACAAGGAGAAAGAGAAGAAACCAGAAAAGGGUAUUCGUGAUGACAUUGAAGAGGAAGAUGACCAAGAGGCCUACUUCCGGUACAUGGCGGAGAACCCCACGGCCGGCCUGACCCAGGACGAGGAGGAGGAGAACGUGGACUACGACAGCGACGGGAACCCCAUCGCCCCUCUCGCCAAAAAGAUCAUCCUGCCCCUCCCCCCCAUCGACCACUCCGAGAUCGAUUACCCCCCUUUUGAGAAGAACUUCUACAACGAGCACGAAGAGCUGAAUAUCCUUACUCCCAUACAGGUGGUUGAGCUCAGACAGAAACUCAACCUACGGGUGUCAGGCGCUGCCCCUCCCAAACCCAGCACAAGCUUCGCCCAUUUUGGCUUUGACGAGCAGCUGAUGCACCAGAUCCGCAAGUCGGAGUACACGCAGCCCACGCCCAUUCAGUGCCAGGGGGUCCCCAUCGCCCUGAGCGGCCGCGACAUGAUCGGCAUCGCCAAGACGGGCAGCGGCAAGACGGCGGCCUUCAUCUGGCCGAUGCUGGUGCACAUCAUGGACCAGAAGGAGCUGCAGACCGGGGAGGGGCCCAUCGCCAUCAUCGUCUGCCCCACCAGAGAGCUGUGCCAGCAGAUCCACGCGGAGUGCAAGCGCUUCGGGAAGGCCUACGCCCUGCGCUCGGUGGCCGUGUACGGAGGGGGCAGCAUGUGGGAGCAGGCCAAGGCCCUGCAGGAGGGCGCCGAAAUUGUGGUGUGCACCCCGGGCCGCCUGAUCGACCACGUGAAGAAGAAGGCCACGUCCCUGCAGAGGGUCACCUACCUGGUGUUCGACGAGGCGGACCGCAUGUUCGACAUGGGGUUUGAGUAUCAGGUGAGGUCCGUUGCCAGUCAUGUGCGCCCCGACAGACAGACUCUUCUCUUCAGCGCUACUUUCCGUAAGAAGAUUGAGAGGCUGGCCCGGGACAUCCUGGUGGACCCCAUCCGCGUGGUUCAGGGAGACAUCGGGGAGGCCAACGAGGACGUGACGCAGAUGGUGGAGAUCCUGCCCAGCGCGCUGGAGAAGUGGGGCUGGCUGACGCGGCGCGUGGUGGAGUUCACCUCUGCCGGCUCCGUGCUCAUCUUCGUCACCAAGAAGGCCAACAGCGAGGAGCUGGCCACCAACCUGACGCAGGAGGGCUACAGCCUGGGCCUGCUGCAUGGGGACAUGGACCAGAGCGAGAGGAACAAGGUCAUCGCCGACUUCAAGAAGAAGAACCUGCCCGUGCUGGUGGCCACCGACGUAGCCGCCCGUGGUCUGGACAUCCCGUCGAUCCGCACUGUGGUGAACUACGACGUGGCCCGAGACAUCGACACACACACCCAUCGCAUCGGGCGUACGGGCCGCGCCGGGGAGAAAGGCGUGGCCUACACCCUCCUGACCAACAAGGACACCACAUUCGCUGGGGACCUGGUGCGCAACCUUGAAGGAGCCAAUCAGAGUGUCUCUAAGGAGCUUAUGGACCUGGCAAUGCAGAAUCCCUGGUUCAGGAAGUCCCGCUUCAAGGGAGGCAAAGGGAAGAAGCUGAACAUUGGGGGUGGUGGCCUGGGCUACAGAGAAAGGCCCGGGCUGGGAGCAGACACCUCGGACCGUGGUGGCAGUGGCAGCGGCAGCGGCAUUCUCUCCAACUACGAAUCCUACAAGCCUUCCUCCGGGGCCAUGGGGGACCGCAUGUCGGCCAUGAAGCAGGCCUUCCAGGCUCAGUACAAGAACCACUUUGUGGCGGCGUCGGGGCUCCCCCCAAAGGUCACCAGCACCAACUCCAGCAGCUCGGCGGGCUGGACCAGUGCCGGCAGCCUCAGCUCCGUGCCCUCGGGCGACCCCGACGAGGCAGAGCGUCCCAGGGCGGCUCCGCCCACGGGCGCCGCCCCUCAGUUGAGCGCAGGGACCCGGAUGGCGGGGUUCACCAGCGCCGGGACCCUCAGCUCCCUGCCUGAGGGCUACGGCAACCCGCCCCAGGGUUUCCCGGCUCCCUCCGCGCCCCGGGAGGCCCCGCGCGAUCGCCACGGCGACGGGCGCGACCGUCACGGAGAGGGCCACUACCGCCACGGCGACAGGCACGGCGGAGAGCGCGAGCGAUACGGCGACCGGGAGCGGCACGGCGGAGACCGCGAGCGCUUCGCCGACCGGGAGCGCCACGGCAGCGGGCGCUACGGAGACGGCAGGAACGGAGAGGGGAGCCGCCGGGACAGAGAGGGGCGGGGCGAGCGGGAGGAGUGGAGGGGUGACAGGGAGACCGGGGACAGGUCAGGGGGCGAAGGCAGGGGGGACAGGAGCGAGAGGGCCGAAGACAGCUUUGCAGUCCCAGAUCCUCCCAAACGCAAAAAGACCCGGUGGGACAGCUAAGCCAGCUUCCCCACCCCCCCCCCAAAAAAAAUCAAUCUAACAUGACCGCGUACAGUUCAUAGACAGACAGCUACUUCUUCAGAAACCAUAGGAACAUCAUAGAUCUGAUGCAGUGAGACUCAUAAUCUUGUAAUAUUGCUUUUCCAUUUUUUCUACUGUGGUCUUUUACAGUUGAGUUUAACAGUGCUCCCACGGGCUGGGAUGGAAGCGUUUUGCUUUCAGUGACCUCCCAUGCAGCAAGACAGCGCGUGUCGUGAUCAGCAGAUCUGGUUUCACUUCUGGUAGUUCAGAGCAGGGCUGUCAAACGCACAUCUUAGAGUGCCACGGUGUUUGCAGGCAUUUGGUUUCCUUUCAGUCGGCAGGCAAUUAAGGGCUUGUGAACAAGGUGUGUGAAUUCUUCAGCCAAUGAACGACUGAAAUUAAUCACUAGUGCUGAAAUAUGCCAAAAACCAACGCACUGCAGCCCUUGUAGGCUUGGGACUUGUAUUGUGAUGCCUGUGGUCUAGUGUGCAUGAUUGCUUUUGCCCCUACUCUUCCCCCUGUCUGAACUUGUGAGGUAUGAGGCCCAGGAAAUUUGGGUAGUAGGUUGGACCAGACUGGGUCUGUUUCUUAUGAUGCAGCUGAAGGGAUUGAAUGUGUUUCGGUCUGUGCACAAUGAUGCAGACUCACAUUCUCAAGGCUUGUCAAGUUUUAUUAAGAUUGUAUUUGUGUCAAUACUGAUAUUAUUAUUUGGGUUGGGCAGGGGGCCCAAGGAUAGAAGUAAGGGCCUGUCAUUGAAGGUUAUAUUGAAAUGAUCCUGGCAUGGGUAGGUUUUAGUUUAAAAAAAAAUAUAUAUAUAUUUUUUGAAGGGAAGUCAUAACUUUUUUUGGGCCGCAUUUGUGUGUGUAUGAUAAUGUUUGGAUGUGUGCGCGUCUGCAUUUGCGUGAAAGCGAUACAGUUAUCAGAUUUCCGAUGGAAAUUUUUUUUUUUUGCUGUAUAUUGAUCAGUCCUGUUCCUUUAGCUUUAUGAACUCUUCCAUUAGAGGUGUAUUCCAUUUCGUCUUUGACUCUAGCCGAUAUCACAUUAAACCCUACAUCUGUGCAGAACUUGUUUCUAGUGUACCGUCUUGUCAGAAAUAGUGUUAUGCUAAGGACAACUGUGAAAUCCUGUUGCUUGCUAUAAGUAAAUUCAGGUUUUUUUAUUUUUAUUUUUUUAUACCACAGUUAAAUUGGAGUGGAAAAUGACCUAUUAUUUUCAAUGCUUCUCCAAUCCCUGUCUGAAUUCAUUACCAAAAUGGUGGAAUUCAAAGCAAUGUAAAUUCAUCUCGUUUAUCACUCUCUAGGCAUUUUGAUCCCGUGUGCUUUUCUGAUUCUGGUCAUGGAAUAAAGUGGUGUUCGCUACACCUUCCACCUAUUAGUUUAGUAUUUCUUGUUUGCUGAGGGGUGGUCUGGGUUGGGGCUGUGGUACAUAUACAUGUACAACCUUUGGCUUGUCUCAGCCAGCACUCCGCUACGACAUUGUGUUGUUGAUGAGCAGAUGCCUGACUUGCUCAUGGGUGCAUUCCCAGAACUGCAUGCAUACCUUGCUCACAGUUUGACUUGUAAAUAUGAUCCCGAGGUCUCAGACUCAGUGGUGACAGAUCUCACCUCUCCUGUCUUUCAACAAUGGUUUUCUGGCUCUUGGUAAACCUGACCUCGGCUGACGCUUUGACCCGAGCCAGCCAAGUGCUUUAGCCUUCAGCUCCCUCUGGGAUGUCUCUGAUCUGUUUGUUUUAUGAGUUUGAACCCUUCCAACUGCUUCACUUCGUUUUGAGUCCAUUUUAGUGCUCCCUGAAGAGUGUUAUUUAAAUGUAAAUGUGUCUAUCUUGCUCUCACCAGUAAUUCUUCAGUACCUUCUCGUUAAAAAUGUACAUAAAGUCAACUUGUUGUUGGUUUCCGCAUUGUCACUCUUUAAUAAAUUUAAGUUGUUUUCCAA